AUGGAUUUCCUGGGACAGCUCAGGCUUCUCCUCUGGAAGAACUUCCUUCUAAGAAGGAGACAAAAGGUCCGACUGGUGGUUGAGUUGGUAUGGCCUCUUUUCCUGUUUAUCAUCCUGGUCUGGGUCCGUGCAACAAAUCCGCCCUUCUACAAGGGCCAAUGUCAUUAUCCUAAUAAAGCCAUGCCGUCAGCUGGUGUGUUGCCAUGGCUACAAGGCAUGAUGUGCAAUAUUGACAACCCCUGUGUGAACUACCCAACUCCAGGAGAAACACCUGGACAAGUCAACAACUUCAACUCAUCCAUACUCGCCGGGAUGUUGAUUGAGCUGCAAGCGGUGAUCUCAAACGAGUCCUUCCUGGACAAAUACCGGCAGCUUUCCAACGAUAUGAACGAAUGGGAUUCAGUUCUGCAGAAUUCCAACACGGAAAAUGGCCGGUCCAUUCCUCUGAGGAGCAUUUUGAGAGAUGGCGAGACGUUCAGCACUUAUUUGAAGGAGAACCUUUCAAUUUCAGCAUCGGACGCGGAGAGCGUAAUGUCAGCGCGAAUCAGGCUCGGUCAGGCGAUGAGACUCUCCAGGGACAACGACCUGAAGGACGUCCUUUGCAAUGGCACCGCCCUGGAGUUUAACUCCAGCGCUGACAAAGAGACCUUUCAGAACAUCAGCUGCGCCCUGACGCCCAGGCAGGUGAACGACACCAGGGACGCCUUCCAACGAAACACGGACCGCCGGAAACUAGCCGCAGCCUUUCCCCAGGCUAUGGGUGUGAAUCCAAUUGAAACCCGCGAGUUGGUUAGAAAAACAGCCGCAGAUUUGUUACCAGUGCUGCAGGAGGUUUCCAGGCUGCAGAAUUCAAUUCUGUUUAAUGCAACGGAUUCCCUGGAUUUCAGGUCAGAUAUGAUUGGCAGUAUAAACUUACUGCUCUGUGGUAAAGAGGCAGAGAACAACUCCACAAACUCCAGAAAUGUAUCUACAUCAGAAUUCAUGACUUUCACAUACAACGAGACAGAGACCUUCUGUCAGAACCUCGUCCACACACUGGAGAACUCGCCAGGACUGCGUUACGUGUGGAGCACCUUUCGACCACUGCUGCAGGGGAAAGUCCUCUUCACACCCGACACAGUCGCCACCAGACUCAUUGUCAAAGAGGCAAACAAUACUUUCAAGGCGAUAGCCAUGUUGAAAGAGCUUGCUGAUGCCUGGGAUGUCCAUGGGUACAAAAUCUGGAAUUUCAUGCAAGACAGCCCACAAAUGAACUCACUGCGGGCCCUGCUGAGUAACCCCGUGUUCGCGCCCGCCCUGAAUCUGCAGCUGAGCGAGGCGGACUCGGACUGGACCGCCGAGAGUCUCGCCAACUUCCUGUACAACGGCCCCCCAGAGGACCGCCCCCCUGGGAUGCCGGCCAAUGACUGGAGAGACGUCUACAACAGCACCAGCGAACUCCUGGAGAUGCUGAGCCAGUUCAUCGGGUGCCUGGACCUGAAUAAGUUUGAGGCCCUGCCCUCAGAAACGAGGCUGGUGGAGGAAUCCCAGAGGCUCCUACGUGAGGAGAAGUUCUGGGCCGGAAUCGUGUUCCAGGACCUGGAGACACAGGCCAGCCUCCCCCCACCGCUGGUCAAAUACAAGAUCAGGAUGGACAUCGAUGAAGUAGAGAGAACCAGCAAAGCUAAAGACAGGUCGUGGUCUCCAGGGGCGCGAGACCACUCCUUUAACGAUCUGCGGUACCUGUGGGGGGGAUUCGCCUACCUGCAGGACAUGAUCGACCACGGCAUCGUGCGAAUACACACGGGGAAACCACGCCCUCUCGGCGUGUUCGCACAGCAAAUGCCCUACCCCUGCUUUGUGGACGAUGGCUUCAUCCGGGGCGUGGGGGGGAUGCUGCCCAUGUUCCUGGUGCUGGCGUUCAUGUUCACGGUGUGCCUGACCAUAAAGGACCUGGUCUACGAGAAGGAGCUGCGGCUCAAAGAGGUCCUGAGGGCCGUGGGCGUGAGGAACGGCCCCCUCUGGCUCUCGCGCUUCAUCGAGAACUUCGCCCUGCUCGCCGUCCCCUGCGUGUUCAUGAGCGUUAUGCUGAAGUACGGGAAGGUCCUGACCUACAGCGACCCCUCGGUGAUCUUCGUCUUCCUGCUGGUCUUCUGCGUGGCCACCGUCAUGCAGUGCUUCUUCAUCAGCGUCUUCUUCUCCAAGGCCAACCUGGCCGCGGCCUGCGGCGGCCUCAUCUACUUCGUGCUCUACCUGCCCCACGUUCUCUGCUUCGCCUGGCGGGAGGUCAUGCCCUUCCCGGUCAAGCUCGCGGUGAGCCUGCUGUCCUGCGUGGCGUUUGGCUACGGCUGUGAGAACUUCUCUCGCUACGAGGAGCAGGGCAUCGGCAUUCAGUGGAGCAACAUGGGCCAGAGCCCGGAGGAGCGCGAGAAGUACACCUUCCUCGUCUCCAUCAUCAUGAUGCUCGUGGACUCCGUCAUCUACUGGCUCCUCACCUGGUACAUCGAGAACGUGUUCCCAGGGCAGUUUGGGAUCGCCAAACCCUGGUACUUCCCGUUUACGGCCUCCUAUUGGUGUGGGACGUCUGUAACCCCAGACACUGGCCCAGAUUUGUUGAAAGUCUCCGGGGAGCUGAACGAUUACAUGGAGCCGGCACCACCAGACAUGAAAGCAGGGGUGACCAUCAGGAACCUGGUGAAGAUCUACAGGACUGGGAAGAAGCUGGCGGUGGAUGGGCUGAGCGCGGACUUUUACGAGGAUCAGAUUACCUCCUUCCUGGGCCAUAAUGGAGCGGGAAAAACAACCACCAUGUCGAUUCUGACAGGACUUUUCGCACCGACCUCAGGAACGGCUUUCAUAGACGGAAAAGAUAUCCGCACAGACAUGGAUUCCAUCAGGAAGCACUUGGGAAUGUGUCCCCAACACAAUGUGUUAUUCAACGAGCUGACAGUGGAAGAACAUAUUUAUUUCUAUGCACGAUUGAAAGGGAGGAGCUCGAAAGAAGUGAAAAGCGAGAUGGACCAAAUGAUUAAAGACGUGGGUUUGCCACACAAACGCAAGGAGCUGGCCAAGAACCUCUCAGGUGGGAUGCAGAGAAAACUGUCAGUAGCCAUCGCUUUUGUGGGAGGGUCGAAAAUAGUCAUCCUGGACGAGCCGACGGCUGGUGUGGACCCCUACGCCAGGAGAGGAAUCUGGGAGCUCCUGUUGAAAUACAAACAAGGCCGCACCAUCAUCCUCUCCACGCACCACAUGGACGAGGCGGACAUCUUGGGCGACCGCAUCGCCAUCAUCUCCCACGGGAAGAUGUGCUGCUGCGGCUCCUCCCUGUUCCUGAAGAAGUGUUUCGGGAGCGGAUACUACCUCACUCUGGUCAAGGCUGGGGCUGAGAAAAUGUCCGCUCAGCGCAGGGGCAUCACGCAGGCCCAGCUUCCACAGAACCAAGACCCGUCUGACAGCUGCAGUCCAGACGAGGGCAUCGGCAGUGAGACGGGGAGCGAGCCGGACCUCUCAGGCGUUAAAGCUAUCAGUCUUCUGCUGUGGAGACACGUGCCGGAGGCAGUCUUCCUGGAGAGCAUCGGCCAGGAAGUCACCUACAUCCUGCCCUACACGGGGGCCCGCGACGGCACCUUCGCCUGCCUCUUCAAACAGCUGGACGUAGAGAUGGCGGAUCUGGGCAUCGCGAGCUACGGGAUUUCAGACACUACACUGGAGGAGAUCUUCCUGAAAGUGGCAGAAGACACAGGGGUAGAUGUGGAAAUACCAGAUAAAAAGGAUACAUUAGUAAGAGACUGGAAGAGAGGUUCAAGAGAAUCCAAACGUCAUAGUAUAGCCAAUGCCGGCUCGAGCUCGGAGAACUUAAUUUCCAAAAGUGCGCUGAAAGGGAAGUCCACAAAUCGAGUUGAAGUGAUGCAGAACGCCGGGAGCUCGAACGGGACCGGCUCCAGAGUGAUCACUGGCUGGGAGCUGAUCCGGAGGCAGUUCCUGGCCCUCUUCAUCAAGCGCUUCCACCACGCCCGGAGGAGCAGGAAGGGGUUGAUUGCUCAGGUGGUGUUGCCCGCGGUUUUUGUGUGUUUGUCCCUCAUCUUCUCCAUGAUACUGCCGCCGUUUAAGGAGUACCCCAGCUUGGAGCUGCAACCUUGGAUGUACGGAGCCCCACAAAACACCUUCUUUAGCAACGAUGCCCCUGAUGUUGUGGAGGUGUCUCGCGUGACGGACUCGCUCGUGAACGACCCUGGGUUUGGGACACGCUGCAUGGAGAAUUAUACCAUACCGAACCUUCCAUGUUCUGCAAACGGGUCGGACUGGUUCACUCCCCCGGUCCAUCCUUCCAUCUCUGACAUCUUCAUCAAUGGGAACUGGAGCAUGGCCAAUCCCUCUCCUUCCUGCCAAUGCAGCACCCCCCGCCGGGCCUUCAUGCUCCCAGAGUGCCCCCCCGGGGCCGGAGGCCUGCCCCCCCCUCAGAGGGUGCAGAACACAACAGAUACCCUCCAAGAUUUGACUGGAAGGAAUAUGACCGACUUUCUACUGAAGACCUAUGAGCACUCGGGCAAAAACAGGUACGGUGGGAUUUCUGUCGGAGGAACCAACUCGCAAGUCCAAAUGAACGAAUCGGAGAUUUCCGACUUCUUCCGGGAGCUGAAAGGCCUCUUAAUUUCCUCGCAGGACAACGAAACGGAUCAGAUUUGGCGGAGUGCGGUGACGUUAAUGAAAGAGCUUGGAACAAGGAAUAAUGUCAAGGUGUGGUUCUACAACAUGGGGUGGCACGCGGUGGUGUCUUUCCUUGGCGUGGCCAACAACGCCAUCCUGCGGGGGAAUCUGCCCGCCGGGGACGAGCUGAGAGAGUACGGGAUCGCCACGGCCAACCACCCUCUCAACCUCACCAAGGAGCAGCUCUCCUACGUCGCUCUGGCCACCACCUCCACGGACGUCGUGGUGUCGAUCUGCGUGAUCUUCGCCAUGUCCUUCAUCCCCGCCAGCUUCGUACUCUUCCUCAUCCAGGAGCGCGUCAGCAAGGCCAAGCACCUGCAGUUCGUCAGCGGGGUGAACCCGGCCGUCUACUGGGUCGCCAACUUCGCCUGGGACAUGUGUAACUACGUCGUCCCAUGUCUGAUAGUGAUUGUCAUCUUCUUGGCUUUCCAACAAAAAGCCUACGUCUCGCCUGAAAACCUACCAGCGUUGAUUCUUCUCCUAGUGCUUUAUGGGUGGUCAAUCACACCGAUGAUGUACCCAGCAUCCUUUGUGUUCAGCGUCCCCAGCACAGCCUACGUGGUGCUGACCUGCGUCAACCUCUUCAUUGGGAUAAACGGCAGCGUGGCCACGUUCGUCAUGGAGCUGUUCGACGACGAGAACGUCACCUAUGUCAAUGACAUCGUGAAGCAGGCACUGCUGGUCUUUCCCCAUUUCUGCCUGGGAAGAGGACUCAUUGACAUGGCCAAAAACCAAGCCAUGGCCACGCUCUUCAGCAGUUUCGGUGAGGACCGCUUCCAGGACCCCCUGGGCUGGGACAUGGUGGGCAAGAACCUCUGUGCCAUGUCCAUCCAGGGCGCAAUCAUGUUCACCGUCACCCUGCUCAUCCAGUACAAGUUCUUCUUCAAACCCAGCUCAGUGGGCGGGGCUUCGCACUCCACUGCGGAGGAAGAUGAAGAUGUCGCCCGUGAGCGUGCGCGUGUGCAGCAGGGAGGAGCGCAGCACGACCUCCUGAGAGUCUGUGACCUGUCAAAGGUGUACCGGAAGAAGAAGAUACCAGCGGUGGACAGGAUCAGUGUGGGGAUCCCUGCUGCUGAGUGUUUCGGGCUGCUGGGAAUUAACGGAGCUGGGAAAACCACAACCUUCAAGAUGCUUACUGGGGACAUCGCGGUCUCCAGUGGAGAGGCUUUCCUAAAUGGAUACAGCAUUCGCACACAGAUGCGGGACGUUCAUCAGAACAUGGGGUACUGUCCGCAGUUCGACGCCAUCGACGACCUGCUGACGGGGCGCGAGCACCUCGAACUCUACGCCCGUCUACGAGGGGUGCCGGAGGCAGAAGUGAAGACGGUGGCGGAGUGGGGCAUUCAGAAGCUGGGUCUGGUGAAGUACUCCAACAAGUCCGCGGGCACGUACAGCGGAGGGAACAAGCGCAAGCUCUCUACUGCCAUGGCUCUGAUCGGCUGUCCUCCGGUGGUCUUCCUGGACGAGCCCACGACGGGAAUGGACCCCAAAGCCCGCCGCUUCCUCUGGGACUGCAUCCUGAGUGUGAUCAAGGAGGGCCGGUCCGUCAUAUUGACGUCCCACAGCAUGGAGGAGUGUGAGGCACUGUGCACGAGGAUGGCCAUCAUGGUGAACGGCCAGUUCAAGUGUCUGGGGAGCAUUCAGCAUCUCAAGUGCAGGUUCGGGGAGGGCUACACGGUGAUUGUGAAAGUGGGCGGGACGCCUCCGGCCCUGGUCCCCGUGGAAACCUUCAUGACGGACACCUUCCCCGGGUGUGUGCUGAAGGAGAAGCACCACAACACGCUGCAGUACCAGCUGCCCGCCAACGGGGGCGCCCUCGCCACCGUCUUCAGCCAGUUCACCACCCAUCAGGAGAGACUGGCCAUUGAGGACUACUCCGUGUCUCAGACCACGCUGGAUCAGGUCUUCGUCAGCUUCGCCCGACACCAGCACGAUGCGGAGGACUUCCAGGGUCGUGUGAAUCCAGCGGAUGUGCUGGCAGACGAGGUGCCCAUGCAGCCACUGAGGAACCCCAGCCCCGCAGAGAAGGUCUGA